AUGGCAUCAUGCCUGACCAGCCGUGCUGCGGUUCUCCGCAGGACGAUCUCUGCCGGCUACGGUCCGAAAAAGCCUUUGAGGUCGCCGUUUACUAACCGCAGGCAAUUCACGUCAUCGGGGAUUCGUCGGCAGGGCGAGAAAGAGAAGAAUCACAGGCAAGAUGACGGCAAAUCUUUCGGUUCGAGACUUGGCGCUGCUUGGCGAGAUACCAAGGUCGAAUGGCAUCCGAUUCCAAUCGGUCUAGGCGUCGGCUUUCUGGGACUCUGGCAAUUUUAUCGGUCACGGAGGGCGCAGAAGGAGCGACUGGAGCGAGAAGAACGCGAUGACCUUGAAGAUGAAUGCCCGCCGCCCCGAAAGAGAAUUCGUCCGUCGGGGCCAUGGCAGGUGCAGGUAAUGUCGACGCUGCCGCUGAAGGCCAUGUCGCGGCUGUGGGGUCGAUUCAACGAGUUGGAUCUCCCUUAUUUUCUGCGUGUGCCGGGUUUCAAGCUGUACUCCUGGAUCUUCGGCGUCAAUCUCGACGAAGUCGGGGAAUCAGAUCUCCAUGCCUAUCCUAACCUUGCGUCCUUUUUCUACCGGACGCUCAAACCCGGUUGUCGACCGAUCGAUCCUGACCCUUGCGCCGUCGUGUCGCCAGCCGAUGGCCGCGUCCUUCAAUUCGGGAUGAUCGAAAGAGGAGAAGUAGAGCAGGUCAAGGGAAUGACAUACAGCCUGGAGGCGCUAUUGGGAGAAGCCAGCCCGUCGCGAGCGGCUAUCGAGACUAGUGACAGUGAGCCUGCUGGAGAGGCCUCAUCCAAGGACUCCGCUGACAUGCCGAUGGAUGAAGAGUUCGCCAGGGUCAACGGGAUUUCUUACACCCUUCCUCACUUUCUUUCCGGGUCAAAGCAGAUGCCCAAGAAGGAGCUCGCCAUGGAUGCUUCCACCACUUCGCAGCAGGGUUCCGAGGCGAAGGUCAAGGCGGACCUUGCGCUGGGAGACGGACGCCCAUGGUAUUCUCCUAAAACGACGCACAAUGCACUGUACUACGUGGUCAUCUAUCUAGCACCGGGUGACUAUCACCGUUUUCAUUCUCCGGUUCCCUGGGUAGUCGAGAGCCGCCGUCACUUCGCCGGUGAGCUCUACUCGGUAUCGCCUUACCUCCAGCGGACACUUCCAGGUCUGUUUGUCCUGAACGAGAGAGUGGUCCUUCUGGGACGGUGGCGCUGGGGAUUUUUCAGUUUUAUUCCUGUCGGCGCGACCAACGUUGGUUCGAUCAAAUUGAAUUUUGACUCUGAGCUGCGAACAAACAGUCUGACGACCGACACGGCUGCCGAUCGAGCUGCGGCUCAGGCUGCCAAGCGCGGCGAGGCCUAUCCGGGUUUCGUGGAGGCAACGUAUCACAAAGCCAGUAAGGCGCUGGGCGGCCAUCCACUCCAGAAGGGUGAGGAGAUGGGUGGAUUCCAACUAGGCAGCACGAUCGUGCUGGUCUUUGAAGCGCCGAUGGGGCAACGCAAGAGCUUCGAUAUCGGCUGGGGCAGCGGUGAGCGAGAGGGGGGAUGGAAAUGGUGUAUCGAGAACGGGCAGCGGGUUAAGGUUGGCCAGAAAUUGGGUCGUGUGAACGUAUAG